CUCAGAUACAUAAAUAUAAGUAGAAAUUUGAAUCCUUACGGAUCAAAGUGGAAUGGGGAAAUUAAACUCAUGGUCAGUUCAUUGAUUUCUUUUUCUCUCCUAUUCAGGUGACUGAAGAUAAGUUUCUUCCAAAGUCAAUGAAUGAGACAAAUCUUUCCUGGGUGACCGAAUUUGUGUUGCUGGGACUCUCUAAUUCCCAGGAGCUCCAACCUUUCUUAUUUCUCAUAUUUUCUCUACUUUACCUAGCAAUACUACUGGGCAACUUCCUCAUCAUCCUCACUGUGACCUCAGAUUCCCGCCUUCAUACCCCCAUGUACUUUCUGCUUGCAAACCUCUCUUUUAUUGAUAUAUGUGUCGCCUCUUUUGCUACUCCCAAAAUGAUUGCAGACUUCUUGGUUGAGCGCAAGGUAAUUUCUUUUGAUGCCUGCCUGGCCCAAAUUUUUUUUGUUCACCUUUUCACUGGCAGUGAAAUGGUGAUCCUUGUAUCCAUGGCUUAUGACCGUUAUGUUGCUAUAUGCAAACCUCUUCACUACAUGACAAUCAUGAGCCGCCGUGUAUGUAUUGCUCUUGUUCUUUUCUCUUGGUUUGUGGGCUUCAUCCAUACUACUAGCCAGUUGGCAUUUACUGUUAACUUGCCUUUUUGUGGUCCUAAUCAGGUAGAUAGUUUUUUCUGUGACCUCCCUCUAGUGACCAAGUUGGCCUGCAUAGACACUUAUGUUGUCAGUUUACUAAUAGUUGCAGACAGUGGCUUUCUUUCUAUGAGUUCCUUCCUCCUCUUGGUUGUCUCCUACACUGUGAUACUAAUUACAGUCAGGAAUCGCUCUUCUGCUAGCAUGGCAAAGGCCCGCUCCACAUUGACUGCUCAUAUCACUGUGGUCACACUGUUCUUUGGACCAUGCAUCUUUAUCUAUGUGUGGCCCUUCAGCAGCUAUUCAGUUGACAAAAUCCUUGCAGUGUUCUAUACCAUCUUUACUCCCAUUUUAAACCCAGUUAUCUAUACUCUAAGGAAUAAAGAAGUAAAGUCAGCUAUGUCAAAACUGAAGAGUCGGUAUCUGAAGCCUGGCCAGGUUUCUGCAGUCAUAAGAAAUGUUCUUUUCUUAGAAAUGAAGUAAACUUACAGGACUGUAACCACAUAGCCUUGUGUCUAGAAAAUUACAAACAGAAUCAUUGUGAUGUUAAAGCAAAUCAUUCUGACCAG